AUGCCUUUCAUGGAAGGACGCACUGAGUUACUGGCAAGGGCCAUGGACAGAAGGAAGACGUCCCCGGCAAGGCCUCGGCCUUCAGGGGAGCCCGGCCUUCAGAGUGUGGAGCCCCCCAUCUGGCUGCUGCGGGAAUGCCUCACUCGAGAAAGAAUGCGCAGCCACUCGGUCAGCAUCCAAGAGCCCACACACAGGAGGACGCCUCUGCGCCACACAGACUUGGCCCAGAGCCUGAGGGCUGAAAAGAUUGAGCAGCACGUGACUCUGGAAGAGCUACGCCGCUUAAACACACUCUUUCAGAGUAUUGGACAAAUAGAACAACUCUUCAUGAAAAUAGACUACGAAGCAGUGGGGAGAAUCCAGUGGGACAGUUUCUGCACAUACCUGCAGCUGGAGUACUCGGAACAAGCCAAGGCUGCGGCUCGGCAGGCAGAGGUCUCUCUCCUGCUGCCUGCCAUUCAGCAGAGGCUGACAUAUGGGACACCCGUGCUGCGCAUUCUCCCUCUGCCUGAUGACACCUUAAUCACCAUCCGAGAAGACGGAACUAUUUAUUUCUGGUCCCUGCAGCUGAAGUUGAAAAGAAAAAAGGCAAUUUUUGGCAAAUCCACCAGCCGGAAAUCCCGAUGGGUGACAGACGUUGUCAGCAUGCCACAGUACAACAAAGUGAUCAUUGGAACCGGGAGCCGGCAGCUGCAGCUGUACGAACUCUCGAACUUGGAGCCUUACUGUCAGAUCUGUGGCCUGGAAGCUGUACCCCUGAAACUCGACUACUGCUCCAUGGAGCCUGACAAGUGCCUGAUCCUCUAUGGCGAUGACCAGCCCAUUAAGCUCCACAGGGCCCAGCCAUCCAGCACUGUAAAUAUUACCCCAAAGAAAAGCACCCGGGGCCCUGGCGCGGAGUCGGGGGUUGGGGAGGCACGAACAUGGAAGAAGAUGCCAAAAGUUGAGGACAUGCCGUGCGUCACCCUUCACAGCAUCAUGGCCUCUCCAAAUGCAGAGUAUGUCCGCUGGAAGGUACACGGAGACUUCGUCUCUCAGCUGAAUUACUAUGACUCUGUGAAAGCUGUCAUUUCCAGCUCCAGUCACGAGCCCACAGCUCUAGUGAUAGGGUUCACUGUGGGACCAACAGAUGUCAAGGAAAAGCUAAAUGAAAUGAGAAACGUUGGGAAGAGUGUCAAGAUGGGGAACAGCUCAGCAUCCCUUGCUCUGCCCAAAAGGCAAGCGGAAUGGAAUCGCACUGUGUUCUGUGUCCACAAGGGAGUCAAGGCGUUCUCCUUCUGCAGGAGGAAGAACCUGCUGGUGACAGGUGGGCUGGAUCGAAUCAUCAGGGUCUGGAAUCCUUACCUGCCUGGAAACCCAACAGGUGUGCUGAGAGGCCACAUGGCUCCUGUGAUGUACGUACACAUAGCCUUUGAAGAAAACAAAGUGUUUUCCAUGUCUGCUGACAACACAAUCAAGAUCUGGGAUCUGGAGACCCAUGCCUGCUGCUGUACAGUCUCUUCCAAAGCCAGUGGCAUCAAGGGAGAACUCACAGCCUGUCUCUAUCUCCCCGGACCUAGAGCCCUGUGUGUGGCCACGGGUACCCUGGCCUUCCUUCACCUGAAAGUGGGAUCUGUCCCAGAGCCCCACCUGGUGCGUUCCCACCAAGAGCCCGUGGUGUGCUGCAGGUACAACCCAGCCUUCCGACAUGUGGUCAGCUGCUGCGAAGCCUCCGUAGUGAAAGUGUGGGACCUUGAAACAGGAAAACAGGUGUCAGAAUUUAUUGGCACUCACGGCAAUGCUGGCGUCACCUGUCUGACCUUUGACUCCAGUGGAAGAAGGCUUGUUACUGGGGGAAGAGACGGCUGUCUGAAAAUCUGGAGCUACAACAAUGGACACUGUCUGCACACCCUUCAGCAUGAUGAAAAUCAAACUGAAGUCUGUGACUGCACCUACAUGGAGGUGAACCAAAACAGGUGCGUCAUAGCUGUUGGAUGGGACCGAAGAAUAAAUGUCUAUUUUGACAUACCUCGUGAUUUUCAUCAUUUCCGGAAGCCUCAGCCCCACUGGCAGGAUGACCUGAACCACGGGCACAAGGAGGACAUUCUCUGUGUGGCUCAGUGCCCGCCUUUUCUUCUGGCCACCUCCAGUUAUGACGGAGAGAUAAUAGUUUGGAAUGUAAUCUCAGGCCAUGUGUACUGCAAGCUGAACACCCCCAGCCCCAUGGAUGGCCAGGACCACAGAGAAGGCCCAGAUAGAAGUGUUUCCCAGCUCGCCUUUCUAAAGACACGGCUGACGAAGCUAGAUUCAGCAGCUGCUUCUCUCAUCAGCAACGGGCCUGGAGGUUCUGUCUGUUUCUGGAAGCUUUGUAGUGGGUCUGGCCUCAUGGCAAACUUCACUCCGUCCAGAGAAAAAGCCCAAGUGAGCAGCAUCGUGGUGACAUCAGGAGACACUCUCGCCUACCUGGCUGACCAGCACGGCUUUAUAUAUGUCUAUGACAUCUGGGAGUAUGGCCUCCGGGGAGCCGAGCUGCAGGCUCCCAACACCGUGACAUCCUGGAGAGCACAUGUCAGCGUGGUGACCUCUCUGGAGCUGAUGGAGGGUAAUAGCAUCUUACUGACAUCCUCCCUUGACUGCACCGUGCGUCUGUGGAGCAAGGACGGGGCAUACAUAGGGACCUUUGGGCAGAAUCGUCCCUGGGAUGUUUUCACUCCUGACUCCUGGGGUCACCCAAGGGUCCCUUUUGAAAUUCUGACAGACCCUCGGAGCAUGCCUACCCACCUGGUACUGGAAACAGAUGUUCCUGCUGGAUGCUCAGGAGGACGGCAGGAGCAGAGCCACGUGACAGAGGAGAAGGUCCUGUUUGAGACUGAAAAGAGCUGUAGUCCUCCCUCCCCAGAAGGUCCCAUUGUUGAAGCGGAGGCGAAAGCAGAUUCAAGCCGAUGGUCUGCGUUUUGCCAUGGCAGACUAUUGUCAGUGCGAAGAAAGCCUUGCUGGAAGAUGCCCGAGCGCAAAUGGCCCCGCAUUUACCAGGCCCUCCAGUGCCACGAGCUCGCCUGUGUGUCUGCUCUCGGGGAAAAGCCAGAUCUAUCUGUUACUGGCUCUGACUUGUUUCCAGUCAGUUUCCCCAGCCAGGAAAGAGAAGCUGAGGGGCAGGAAAGGAAGAAACUCUCACCCUGGAGCAGUUUCUUGCCUGAGUGCUAA